CUCGCCGCGCUCCCGCCCUCCCGCCGCGCACUCAGUAUCCCGACCAGUCAUGACCGCACGGGUGGCGCGGCUACGGGGCGCAGGGGCCAUGGUGCGCGGCAGGAUCUCCCGGCUCUCGGUCCGGGACGUGCGCUUCCCCACGUCGCUUGGGGGCCACGGCUCGGACGCCAUGGUAAGCGCGGCCUGCGCCCCGGGUCCCUCCCGCCCUACCGACUGCAGAUCUGCAGGCCCCGGGUAGCUUCCCGACUUCGAACCCAUUGCUUCUGUAAAGUGGGAGGCGCGCCUGGGGGAGACACUCGCUUUUCAUGCCUUGGAGCAAUUGUCACACGGACCCUGACUACUCAGCUGCCUAUGUCGUCAUAGAAACUGAUGCAGAAGAUGGAAUCAAGGGGUGUGGAAUUACCUUCACUCUGGGAAAAGGCACUGAAGUUGUUGUCUGUGCUGUGAAUGCCCUCGCCCACCAUGUGCUCAACAAGGACCUCAAGGACAUCGUUGGUGACUUCAGAGGCUUCUAUAGGCAGCUCACAAGUGAUGGGCAGCUCAGAUGGAUUGGUCCAGAGAAGGGCGUGGUGCACCUGGCGACAGCGGCCGUCCUAAACGCGGUGUGGGACUUGUGGGCCAAGCAGGAGGGAAAGCCUGUCUGGAAGUUACUUGUGGACAUGGAUCCCAGGACGCUGGUAUCCUGCAUAGAUUUCCGGUACAUCACCGACGUCCUGACUGAGGAGGAUGCCCUAGAAAUACUGCAGAAAGGUCAAGUUGGUAAAAAAGAAAGAGAGAAGCAAAUGCUGGCACAAGGCUACCCUGCUUACACGACAUCGUGUGCCUGGCUGGGGUACUCAGAUGACACGUUGAAGCAGCUCUGUGCCCAGGCACUGAAGGAUGGCUGGACCAGGUUUAAAGUAAAGGUGGGUGCUGAUCUCCAGGAUGACGUGCGAAGAUGCCAAAUCAUCCGAGACAUGAUUGGACCAGAGAAGACUUUGAUGAUGGAUGCCAACCAGCGCUGGGAUGUGCCUGAGGCGGUGGAGUGGAUGUCCAAGCUGGCCAAGUUCAAGCCAUUGUGGAUUGAAGAGCCAACUUCCCCUGAUGACAUUCUGGGGCACGCCACCAUUUCCAAGGCACUGGUCCCAUUAGGAAUUGGCAUUGCCACAGGAGAACAGUGCCACAAUAGAGUGAUAUUUAAGCAACUCCUACAGGCAAAGGCCCUGCAGUUCCUCCAGAUUGACAGUUGCAGACUGGGCAGUGUCAAUGAGAACCUCUCAGUACUGCUGAUGGCCAAAAAGUUUGAAAUUCCUGUUUGCCCCCAUGCUGGUGGAGUUGGCCUCUGUGAACUGGUGCAGCACCUGAUUUUAUUUGACUACAUAUCAGUCUCUGCAAGCCUUGAAAACAGGAUGUGUGAGUAUGUUGACCACCUGCACGAGCAUUUCAAGUAUCCCGUGAUGAUCCAGCAGGCUUCCUACAUGCCUCCCAAGGAUCCCGGCUACUCAACAGAAAUGAAGGAGGAAUCUGUAAAGAAACACCAGUAUCCAGAUGGUGAAGUUUGGAAGAAACUCCUUGCUGCUCAAGAAAAUUAAGUACUCAGCCCCAACAUCUUUUUUCUUUCUGAAGUGAAAAGGCUUAAAAUUUCUUGGAAAUAGUUUUACAAAAAUGGAUUAAAAAAAAUCCUACCGAUCAAGAUUAGUUCAGCUAAAAGUCAUACCACCCUCAGGAAUCAAGUAAUUAUUACUUGAUUCUUUUAGCAAAUCAAUACACAUUAUCCUGCUUAAUCCUUAAAUAAGUUUAGAUUUAACUAACCCAAAGUCCAGGAGGAUGUUCUUACAAAAUAUCUAUCAAGGGCUGGCACCUAGACAUUAAACUGUACUUUGAAAAUAAGCAACAUGUUGCAUAACUUGUUGGAAUAAUUCCUUGUUCUAUUUAACACUUGUCAUAACUUAGCAGAAUAAAAAUAGUUGUGCAACA